AUGAAGCCCCCACUUCGGCGGCGCGCUGCCCCUGCGCGGUACCGGGGGCUGGCUCCAGCCGCGGUCCGCACGGGAACGCUCUGGACCCCGCGGGAGAAACAGCAACUCCUUCGUUUACUGCAAGCACUAGACGGAGAGCCGGAACCAGCUGCUGCGGAGCUGAGGCAGGGGCUACCUCAUCGGAGCGAGGCUGAGAUCCAGGACUUUCUCCAGUUGCUGAAGCGUCGUGUGGCUCGGGAGGUCAUACAGCAGGAGCAUCGAUGCUGCCAGAAGGAGCAGAGGCUUCAUAAGACCCAAGUUCCAGCCCCCAUUGAGGUUUGGACAGAUCUGGCUGAAAAGGUGACCAGCCAGUUGGAAGAAGCAAUGACCACUGCCUUUUCCCAGAUCCUGACUAUUGCUGCAACAGAACCUGUGAGUCUGCUCCACUCCAUUCCAGAGAAGCCAACCAAAGCCAGUGAGAGACAACUUCUCUGCAAAGACUCAAACCCUCACGAAGAGCUCCCACCCGAAGCCCCAAAGCCCACACAAGAGACCAGUUGUGGAGUCUCUGGGACCUGCGACACAGAGGUCAAGACUAGCCACUCCGAAUGUAGCCCAGCCACAGCUACAAACAGAAACUUUGUCAUUGACUUUGAGAAGAUAUAUAAAUACCUGUCAAGUAUAUCCCGGAGUGGCAAAAGCCUUGAGCUUUCACCUGGGGAGUCUGCUGUACUCCUCGAUCUGCUCAUGUCCCUGCCUGAGGAGCUGAGCCACCUGCCCUGUGAAAAGCUGCAGACCCACAUGGCUGCUUCCUACAGGAAACUGGUUCGCCCUCAAGCGGGCUCAAGUCCAGGCCACAGUGACCCUGGGAAAGAGCCCUCAGCAGCAGAGGGUGAAGUUGGCACCUCAAGCAGUAAUAGCCCAGGAAGGAUAGAGAGCCCCUCUCCAGAGAGGCCUGCUGCUUCUGGUCCAAGUCUCCCCAGAGAUGCUGUGCCCUCUGCACAGCAACAGCUAUGGCAAGAGUUGGAGUUCUGCCCUCUGAACCCAUUCCUGAUUCCCUUGGAGCUUCUGUCCCGGGCAGCACCUCCUGAGGGCCUACACUGAAUAUCUGGGCUUAAGGAAGGGCGUUCGUGCGUGCGUGUCUGUCUGUCCAGAGUGGGUGUGUGUGUAGAGGUGGGUAUUGAAGGUGAGAGGAGGAUAGAAGAAAUGCUUAUUUCUGAAAUGGCAGUUCUGAGACUGGGCUUAGUUGAGCCCCUACUCACUGUCUGAUCUGAACAAAUAUCUAAGAAGUUGUGCUUAGGAGUAAGGUAAAGAGAAUUCAGAGUUCAGAAGGCUGGGAAUCCCAUCUAUUCCUUCCCUGGAUUUGAAGAGUUGGAUGUAUGUUAGAGAUUUCAGAGAGAUGGGUCUUGGGAGUUCUGGGGAAAGCACUUUGUAACACUUGAAGUACAAUUUAAGUGUGAUUUAAAACAAAAAGGAUUCAUUUGCUUAUUCAGCAAAUAUUUGUUGAGCAUCUAUUAUAUGCACGUACAUCUUCCUCUCUUCCUUUUCUCCACUCUGCUGGUGUGUGUAGCCGUAUGUCAGAAUACCCCAAUAUUUGCCACCUUCAAUAUGAUGAUUCCUUUCAGUUGUGUAUCAUUGUGAAAGUUGGAUUUCUGUUUCAGCCUUCUGCUUUGGUUGCUGAUGGGUGCAGUUGAGUUUAUUAAUCUCAAAAAAUGUGUCACUUAAAUUCAGAAGGAAUAUAAGGCAGGACUCUGGAUACUGGUUUUUAUUUUCAAAAUGUAAUUUUAAAAACUAAUAAAAUUAGAAGAAAUUCCUCAGCAUCAUUACAGAUGGUUGCAAAACUAUUAUCAUUCAUGUUGUGUCUUUUCAUUUUAAAAUGAAAUGAUUUACUUUGUCUAAUUGUUUAAUGAAUGCUAAUGUGCUUUCUCAGAAAUUUGUUUCAGUAGUAGUAAAUUCAAGCUCCCACCUUUCCUCGCCUGAUAAUUGACCAGUGCUGACUACACUCAUUAACUGUGUUAACACCAAGUUCAUUUUGCUUCAGUUAAUACCCCAAUUAAACAAAGAAUUUAAAGUUUUUGAAUUAAAAUCAGACAGCCUCUUCU